AUGGCUGCUUCAGAAAGCCGCGGACAUCUUCACAGUAUUCACUUCCCUAUUGCUCACGUUCUUGGUCGUGUCUUGGCCUAUGAUAAAAGAAUGCCACAGUUUCAGCAUUCACUUUUUCCUCAGCGACUCGAACUUCCAGCUUGGACUAUAUUUCUAUUACCGUGCUGUCUGCCUUUUCACCUCAUCACACUUGACGUCUACUACGAGGGCACCGAUACAGCAGGAGCAAAUUUACACCUGCGCGUCCGACCAAAAUGUGCAGAAUCAGAGCCCAGAAGUUUCAUCUCGUCUUGCUUACACAGGAGAUCUCCUCAAGAAGACUACACCUGCUCGAACGUUGACACCUCUCCCAUGAUACAGAUAAAACGCUAUUGCCCGCCUUGUUCCAAGCAGAAAUGGACUGAUAAAUUCUGGAGAGACUACAAAGAAGUGGAAGUCUCUUGUGGAGCGGACUCUCAGGAUGCUAAAUCUUUCUAUGCUGAAUUUGAAAGAGCGUGCGACCUUCUCAACGCACGCUGUUCGAGAGACCGGCCUUUCUGGUCAAAAAUGUCUGAACAGGACUACAUUGCUGCAGGAGGCACGCUUGAGGAUACCAAGACGGACGGCAACGAGCGUAAAGAUAAGGAAAAGAAGCGAAAGGAAAUCGAGUCUUCUCGUUACUAUCUGAGAAGGAGACAAAGCAAUUUCAAACAGGCUGCGGGUCCAGCGCCGAGACAUGAGAUCGCUGAGAAGGCUGAAGCCACAGAUGCUAUGCUCCUGCAGCAACUCUUCGCCAGGACGACAAUCAGCACGACCCACGACCCGGCCAAGGCCAUUGUCAGUCUCGACGAACCCGAUACUGGAGACGAAAAGGCAGAGGAGGGCACUGCACCGGCGAGUAGCGCUGAUUUGGAUGCUCCGCCCACCGCUGAUGCGCCGCGUUGCCAAGAAAUGCCUCCAAGUCGGCCACUAUUCGCCGAGGCUGAGAGUCUGCACAUGCUCGCAUCAAGCUCUUAUCAGGCAUGA